AUGGUCAACAAGGCUACAGAACAAAUGAAUACAGCUCCCUCUCCUCGUUGGCGAAAACGCAAGCAGGACCUUCCCGCACAGCUUCUUCCCUGUCUACCGGUUUUCGUUCAUCUAUGCUACCUCCACGACACAACCUUGACACUUGCCAUCAAGACCCUAGCCGCUCUGAAGAAGCCCCAUGCAGGUGCUGGUGAUCGAAGCUUCACUAUUGGAGAUAAAACUCGAGCACAACUCUUACAAGGUCGUAAAUACAACGGGAGUCGGACAAAAAUGCAGGAAUAUUUUGUCAUGACUAUACAUCCAAGCAUUGAACUCUUCCUUCGCAUCAAGGAACCUCUACAGGAAGCCUUUGUUAAAGCCGAGAUUAAGCCACCCGGCCAGCGACAUCCACACGUAUGGGCUCAAGAAGCGCUUGCGACUGAUAUUGGGUCACGGGGGAGGAGACAUUACAGACAUUAUGAGGCCAAGACAGUUUACUAUUGUACGCGCAUUGACUAA